AUGGAGGGUGCAAGCUUCCAGCCAUUCAAGGGCCACACUGGCUGGAUUCUCGCACUCGCAUACUCACCUGACGGUACACUCCUCGCCACCGGGGCCCCUGACGAUACAGUUCGGUUGUGGAACACGGAAACAGGCCGCCAAGUAGGCGAUGCUCUGGAAGGGCACGCCGAAUCCGUCACAGCCGUCGCUUUCUCUCCUAAUGGACGCCACCUCGCGAGCGGCUCUGAUGACUCCUCCAUGCGUGUCUGGGACGUCGACACGCGUCAGACGGUCAUGGGUCCACUGGAGGGGAAAAAAGACUCGGUGCACGUUCUGCAGUAUUCGCCUGACGGUGUGCUCAUUGCGAGCGGGAGUGAAAAGGGCGUUCUCAAGUUGUGGACCGCACGCGAAGGCAAAUGCGUGGCGACGUUCAAGCACCCGCGCAGCGUCAACUCUAUUACGUUCUCUCCGAGCGGGAAGCACGUCACGACUUCCUCUGACGACUUGCUUAUCCGUGUUUUGACUGUGGACGGUCUCAAGAUCGUCCGCGAGCUGUCUGGGCAUCGAGAAAUGGUGCGAAGCGUUCAGUACUCGCCUGAUGGGUGUACCCUAGCCAGCGCGUCGGAUGACUGCACCAUCCGCCUUUGGAAUGCCGAAUCUGGCGAGCUGGUACAAGAGCCUCUGCGCGGACACAAGUACUGGGUCACCAGCAUAUCGUUCUCGCCUGAUGGGCAGCAACUAGUCAGCUGUUCGGGCGACGAGUCUAUUCGUAUCUGGGACGUCAUAUCUGGAGAAUGCACCUCGGGACCGCUGUAUGGGCAUAAAGGGCGGGUAUCGACUGUAUGUUGUUCUCCAGAUGGAAGAGAGUUUGCUUCCUGUGGCGAAGGCGGCGUGCAUAUUUGGAGCCUACAUGAUAGAAAACAGCCAAAAUGUCUUUCUGGGCACACAAGAAACAUACGAGUGAUUAGGUUUACUCUCGAUGAUGCACGUCUCAUCAGUGGAGGAGACGACAAGACCAUCCGAAUAUGGGACGUAGAAUCGAGCGCAUCGUUGCACGUCAUCGAGGGGCACACCAACGCUGUCAGGUCUCUAAACAUCUCGGCUGACGGUGCUCGGCUGGUGAGCGGAUCUAAGGACAUGACUGUGCGUUUCUGGGACCUCGAAUCGUACCAAGCUCUAGGGGAGCCUCUCCAACACGAGGGCGGAGCUAUGGCUGUCUGCUUUACGCCUGAUGCUUCGCAAGUCUUGAGCGGGUCUUCCGACGGAUCGGUCCGAAUAUGGGAUAUCUCGAGCAGAGAGCAGACUCUUAUCUUCAAGCACGAAAAAGCACUCAACUGUAUACGAUUCUCAUCCGACGGUUCCAAGUUCCUGAGUGCAUCGGACGAUGGGCAAGUUCGUGUGUGGGAGGCUACCCCCAGAAAACUCCUCCAGACUCUGCAGCACGACAACAGGGUGUAUUGCGCCGCGUUUGCGCCAGAUGGGACUCGGAUCGUGAGCGGCACGUUUCGUGGCAACGUUGGCGGUGAUCUUCGCCUGUGGAGGGUGAAGGACGGGCGUCUUCUGCUCCCCAAGGUUUGUAUCCCUUAUAUCAUCUUUCUUGGCGAGCUAACCAGCGAUGUUAUCAUCACUCACAGCAACUCAUCGAGGAAGCAGCUGGUGCAGAUAACGAUGUACGGACGCCCGAGGUAG